AAGAUACUUUAACACUUUUGAGGUUAAUAGAUUCCAAAUAGAUUGGCAAUAUACUGUGAAACUGUCAUGGUAUCUGUUUCCAGACCGCAUUUACUUGUCGCUCACAUGUGUCGGUUGUGUGCUGAAAAUAUUUUCAUCUAUUUAUUGUGAAUAUUUAUUAAUUUAUUAGUAAAAAUGAACAUUUCAACGAACGAAGGCAAUCCAAAUACAUUAAAAUUAGUAAUCGCAGCUAAACUAACUCAACAAUCUGUUAACAUAAAAACGGUACAAGCAAAAGUAAGCUUUUUGGGCCGUUUACCUUCUAUUGAACUGUCAUCUGGAUUAGUACUAUUUAGUACUAAUGCAGCAAUGCAACUCAUAGCACCUUCAUCUGAAGAGUUAACAUUUAUUAAUAAUAAAUGGCUAGAAUGGGAGAUAUCUCAAUUACAGCCAGCAAUAGCAUUUUAUGGUAGUACAGGAAUUUAUAAAACCACACAGAAGUCAUGUUUAUGGUCUUUAUUAGAAAAACUUAAUAAUGAAUUAAAAGACUCAAAGUACUUAAUUAAGGAUGACUUGUCAUUGGCAGAUGUAUGUAUUUGGGUAACUCUGUGGUCUACUAUAUUAGUUACAGAAAUUGGAAAUGAAUUAUGUAAAGAAUAUUUAUCUAUUAAAGAUUGGUUAUCCAAUAUUGAAAUACUUCCAGUUAUUCAGGAUGCCAUCAAAGAAUACAAAUUUGAAAGAGGCUUAAAAGCAAUUUUCAGUAUUCAAGCUGUAUCUUGGUUUCCUAUUAAUAAUAUUAUUCCAAAUUUUCAACGUUCUAAACUAACUGAUCUUAGUCCAACUAAGGAAAAAGAAGCAGAAACAGUUAGUCAAGAAGAAAUACAAAAUAUUUCAAGUAAUUGGUCUUCUAAUUCAUAUCCUGAUGCAAAAAGUUUUCCUUAUCCUGUAUUACCAAAGAAAGGAGAAAAAAAUAUUUUAAUAACAUCAGCAUUGCCUUAUGUUAACAACGUUCCUCAUUUAGGAAAUAUUAUUGGUUGUGUCCUUUCUGCAGAUAUUUUUGCUAGAUAUUGUAGACAAAGAAAUUAUAAUACCCUGUUUAUUAGUGGUACCGAUGAAUAUGGCACUGCAACAGAAGCCAAAGCUUUGGAAGAAAAAACGACGCCUCAAGCUAUUUGUGAUAAAUUUUUUGAUAUACAUAAUGAUAUCUAUCGAUGGUUUAGCAUAGGGUUUGAUCAUUUUGGUCGUACUACUACACCUGAACAAACAGAAAUUGUGCAAUCAUUUUUCUUAAGAAUCAAAUCACAAGGAUACGUAUUAAGCGAAACUGUAGAUCAACUUCUUUGUGAGUUCUGUGACAGAUUUUUAGCAGAUAGAUUUGUAGAAGGAACAUGUCCAAGAUGUAAAUAUGAAGAUGCACGUGGUGAUCAAUGCGAUGGAUGCGGUCAUUUAGUGAAUGCAACAGAUUUAAUAAGUCCACGAUGUAAAGUAUGUAGUAAUAGACCCAUAAAAAAAAAGUCUGAACAAUUCUUCUUAGAUUUGCCUAAGUUACAAAACAAGUUAAAUGAAUGGUCUUCAGUUGUGGAAAAAGAGUGGUCAAACGUUGCAAGAGUGGUUGCAAAACCGUGGUUACGUGAUGGACUUAAACCACGAUGUAUAACUAGAGAUUUAAAGUGGGGAAUACCUGUUCCAGUAAAAGGUUUUGAAAAUAAAGUAUUUUACGUUUGGUUUGAUGCACCUUUUGGUUAUAUCAGUAUCACAAAGAGGUACACAAAAGAAUAUGAACAAUGGUGGAAACCUAAAGAUGUAGAAGUUAAUCUGUAUCAAUUUAUGGCAAAGGAUAAUGUUCCAUUUCAUGCUAUUAUGUUCCCUGCUUGUUUAUUAGCAGUUGAUGAAGGUUAUAUACUAAUGAAACAUUUAAUGGCAACAGAAUACCUUAAUUAUGAAGAUACAAAGUUUUCUAAAUCACGAGGUAUUGGAGUGUUUGGAACUGAUGCUAGAGAUACAGGUAUACCAGCUGAUGUUUGGCGAUUUUACCUUGCAUAUGUUAGACCUGAAACUCAAGAUUCAAAUUUUAACUGGGUAGAUUUAGCAACUAAAAAUAAUAGCGAGUUGUUAAACAAUUUUGGAAAUUUCGUUAAUAGGGCUCUAGUUUUUGCGGAAAGAUAUUUUGAGUCUAAAGUACCACCAAUAGAACUUCAGGAAGAUGACUUAGUAUUACUAGCAUUGGCUCAACGUGAAUUAUCAUUUUAUAUACAUGCUUUAGAGCAAGCCAAAUUACGUGAUGGUAUAAAACACGUUUUAGCAAUUUCAAAGCAUGGAAAUCAGUAUAUGCAAUUCCAAGAACCCUGGGUGAAAAUCAAAGGAACUGAUAAUGAUAAAAAAAGAGCUGGAACAAUCAUCGGUAUUUGCUGUAAUUUGGCGUGUCUUUUGUCUGCUCUUUUGGCUCCAUUUAUGCCAAGUACUGCUCGCGAAUUAAGAUCGCAAUUAGGAUUGCACAUUAAUAGUUACGGUUAUAUCCCUGACGUUAUCAUGAAUAUACUUCCAACGGGUCAUAAAAUUGGUAAACCAUCUCCCUUGUUUAAAAAAAUAGAAGAUAAGGAUGUAGAAAUAUUAAGAAAGAAAUAUGCUGGUAAGCAAGAAGCUACAAAUAAUGGUGAACAUGGAGAUAUAAAAUCUUUGGACAAUGCAGUUACAGAAUUGGGCAAGAAAGUUGAAGAACUGAAGGCUAAGCAUGAUAAAUGCGCUUGGCAGUCCAAUCAAAUUCAAAUUUUCUCAGAUUUAAAGAAAAAGCUUUGUAAUCUCGUAAGUGAAAAGUCAUCCGAACCAACAAAUAAAAAACCUCAAGUGGUUUUAACACCUGAACAAAAUGGAGAUGUUUUAAGUGACAUCGAAAUUUUAAAAGAAGCUAUAGCCAAACAGGGUGAUAUUGUACGUAAAUUAAAAGCUAACGAAGAGAAAUCAGUAUGGAAACCUGAAGUGGAAAAAUUAUUGAAAUUUAAAAAGCAAUUAGCAGAUCUCACUGGAACACCACUAGUUCCAACUGACAAAAAAUCGAAGAAAAAGAAAUAAAUAGUAUAAUAUAUAAAUCAUUAAAACCU